GCGUCUCUUCUUUCGGGUUCCCAUACCCCCAAACCUUUGCACACUCUGCUGUACAGCCUUCGUGAUUCCAAUCUGCUGUGAGGAUGAAUGCGUGUCGAUGCGGCGCCGUACCUGUGUUGUAGUUUAUCUUCGUUUCACGUUCGAUUAGAGCAAACGCGGCUCAAUUUGGUGGUGUUUCGACUUGGAACGGGAGAGUUUUGUUUCCCCUAGAAAGCGGUGGCGGGGAUUUUGGUAUCGUUUUUUUGGUGUCGUUUGUAGUUUGAAAGAGAGGUGAGUGAGCUGUGUCGUGCGCGGUGUUUUUUAUGGUGUGCAGUGGUGUGCACUGUAGAGCGGGUUGAAUCCUGACGGAGUGGAAAAUUUGACGACAGAACGGGAGGCGUUUGAGCUUGUACGGAGCAAGGGCAGCGGGGGUUUGUUGUUGUCGAUAGCCAUUUGUGGUGGUAUUGUUUGGCGAGCACGUCAUAUAUUUGUUGUUUUCUUAGAUGCUGGUGGUGGUUCGAAGCUCGGCCUGAUGGUGCGACUGGCGACGUGACGAAGUGUCCAAGUGACGGGGGCUGAGGAUAUUGUGUGCAGUAUUUCGGGUGUGUGUUUGUGUUAUGACGUGUGUCCAAUUGAGGGCGGAGAUUGCAAUGGUGAUGAUCAUGCUUUGGUGAUGACAUACGGCUCGAUUCUAGGUAUUGGCGGUACUGUGCGAGUGAAUGUGGAGUAGAGACUGUGCUGAGUAUGAUUGUGGUUACUAUAUUGCUGCGACUGUGUUUAUAAGCGCACGCGAGCUUCCUAGGUGGUGAACCCCUGGUGACCGGUUGAUAUGCUGCAGAGAGGAGAAAUGCUAUUCUCAUUCGAGAUUUUCAUCUGAAAGAGCUGUUCCGCUGUUUCCCGUGUCGUUGACACUGUAUAGGUCUUUGGGGUGCUUUGUUGGAUCAGUUCCCAUGGAAGAGCAGGUACUUAGUCGAUUGCUUAAAACCGGGUAGAUUGAAGUUCUGCUUAGUCUUGAAUGUGUAGAAUAUCAAGAUCUCAUUUGUGGUUUUGGCUACGGUAUCUGCACAAGGAGAACGGGGCUGUGCUAUCAAAGCCAUCUUUUCUUUCCUAUUAUGCCAGACGUAGACGAAGAAAGCUAGCGAACGAAGCCAUACAGGAGUCUUGAAAUGAAGGGAGCAAAGGAAGGUAAAGCCGAUGGGAUCAAGGGAGCAGGACCUGCCCUUUUUCCUCGGCUUCAUGUAGCUGAGACUAAAAAGGCUGGACCACGGGGUCCACCCCGCAACAAGAUGGCGCUUUAUGAGCAGCUCACUAUUCCAUCUCACAGAUAUAAGAUGUCUCCAUUGCCUCUCCCCUCUUCUGGUCGGGUGAUGUCGACUCCUUCCAUGACGACUCCGUUAUUCAACCCGCAGGUUCAAGCUUCAUCCUACGAUAGUAGGUUACCAUAUAUGCCGAUGGGCUAUAUGGGUUCCACCAUCAUUCCUACGAUGGCAUUUAUGCCCAUAAUGAAUAUGGGACUCUACGGCGUUGGAGCCGGAGCUGAUGCUGGAACUGGAGCGUCAGCUUCAUCUUCUAUGAACGCCAGCAGCAGUAAGAGCACUGUUGUGGAUGGGACUACGGAAUCGCAGCGAGUGCCAUGGGGAGGAGAAGCUCCCUCCCGUGCCAACAAAUCCUCUGAUCAUGCAAAGCACUUAGCGCCCUCCAAGAAAGGGAAGGAAGACGACGACUUUGCAGUACCUACUUACUCCUCGGCCACACAAGGGAGCAGUCAAACAAGGCCGUCCAUAAAUCCUCCUCAAGUCCAACAAAGUUUUGGAGGGGGUCGGAGUGUACAGAAAGGGAAGGGAUUGGUAACGGAGAAGCAAUCUCCAGCAUUUUCUACUCAACUGCGGCGAAUCAGCAAGGAGAAGAGCAUGGAGGAUGACGCGAGCUGGACGUCUGCUAGUGACGAUUGCUUGACUGUUUCUUUCAUUGACAACGAUUUGAAUACUCAAGAAAUUAGCAACAGAAAGUUGGAUGGGGUCUCCAGAGAUUGCGAUGGCCAUCAGACAGAACUUGGUCGAAACGCAGUUGGAAAGAAGAAGAGCAAGGGGAACAAGGUUGAUGGAGGGCAGAUUGAUGAAGACCUCACGAAACCAUCAGACACCAGUGCUGUCGUUAUCCCUCCCGAAAUACUGCUUGAAGAUGAAAGCUUGAGAGUUGUGCCUGAACAAGACAUCUUCAGCAGCCAAAGUACGGAAAAUCGAAGCAGGGAGGUUUCAGAGACUUCUCAACGAAGUAGAGGUGGCAGUGCGGAGACAGAGUCGUCAAUAUUAGAGGAUUUACCACUGGGUUCCAGUUGUUUUCAAGAACUUCUUGAUCACUUCGGUCAGCAAGAGCUCUGGAAAGCUCAGAAGGCAAUUAUUAGACAGCAGAAGGUGUUUUCACGGCAGGUCUUUGAACUCCACAGGGUAAUUGAAGUGCAGCGUUUACUCGCGAAGUUGCCCAGCCUGUCCUUUAGACUUGAUGAAGUGAUAGAAGCCGAAGGCGACAAUGUGCCCCUGCUUGACAGUCCGGUUGCUGAAGUCCCUGAGGUCCCAGAGGUUCCGGAGGUUUCAGGAAGGAGCCUGGAAAAGGACAUCAGCCGACCUUCUGAUGAAAUCUCAAGUCAAGUUCCAGAAUCACUUUCUCAACCCGCAUAUCCCCUCUCUACACCCCCUCAACAGGGUUUUAACCCUGCAUCUCCUUGGCAAGCAGCGACUUAUUCUUCAAAUCCAUAUGCGGCAAGGAUGUCAUCGCCCCACAUGUACGUACCAUAUCCAGGGCCUUGCUCUCCUGGAUAUGGAGUAUAUCCCAUGAUGGGUGCUCCGAUGUCCAUGUAUGGUAACUUUGGAGGAAUGCAGGCUUCCAGGUUUCCAACUUGGCAGCAGCAAGGUAUGUCUCAGCCCUGGGGACCCUCAGAUCCUGCAGCGGCAGGAGCGGUCUGGUAUGGUCAACAGAUGGUUCCAGCAGUAGGACCUGCAACAAAUAUGGGUGUUAUUCCUAUGGUAACGAACUGCGAACGUCAAACGUCUUCUGGAGCUGCUCAACUAAUUCAAAGAAACUAUGCACAGAAGGGAAGCGCUCGUCAAGCUGGGGAGAAAUCGGAUGUAGGAGGUAAUCGCUCCAAACUAGUGAAUGCUGUUGAGAGUUGCGGAUGGGCUAAAGGAUGGGGGAGUACGGAAGACCGACGGGGUCACAGGGAGCCGGACGCGUCCCGAAACAAAGAGUUUGGUGCAGUUCCCCUUGGUGAUGAGUCGGAGCGUCAAGACGGCGAGACUCGACGUGUAGAAACUGGUGGUGGGGUUGGACAACCAAAUGACGAAGGGGUUCGAAUGGUCGAGCGAGAAAAAAACAGUGGGGUGCUCUCUGCACAUGGACGCGAGGUUUCCACACGUGGAGGUGAGCUUUGCGAUCAUGGAGAGGAGCUCGGCGGACUGGAAUUAGAAAGAAAUUUGCCAGCAGGAGCAAGACACAAGGAGCCGCUUGAAGUUAGAACUCUGAAACGUCCACGGACAGAGUUUCCAAAAUCUGAUGGGUUCCCCUGGUUUCCCAUUAUUUCCCCUGCGAAGCGAGUGAUGCAACAAUGUGGUGUGAUCAAGGUUGUGCCUCGCGCAGUUUCUGCUACCCAAGAAUCAGCUGCCAGUAUUCUGUUGUCGAUACAAAAAGAACGACAGCGCUAGCUUUGGCUUGGGCUGUUUUGAAAGACUCGAGUGUGGGAGCUGGGGAUGAACUGGGGCUGCGUUCCUUUUACCACCCCAAAUUGCUGGACUUUAUCAUAUGCGAAUGGGAUGUUGAUUAGUUUUUCCAAUCUUUUUGGGACCUUGCGUUUUUUAGGAUUUCACACUCUGCUACCAGAGGUAGGAUCUGUCCUCACGCAGGUACAAUUGAAAUUUUUGGAUGUGCAUUUCAGGUGCCCAUCAUUUAUGUAUAUGCAGUCCGGAAAUUUUGUAGGCGUUCAUUAGGCACCAGCUGUAAUUUUUCCUACAGUCGCUUUGUCUCCUUGGCAAUUCACAGAACUUUGAAGGGAAGGUGGAACUUUCUGUAUUUUUAUGUUAAAUCGAGGAUGAGCAGCCUUUGUAAUAUUAUGACAGCCGUCCUCAGGAUUUGUUAGCAGUUUAUGGAAGAGCGGCAUCAGUGCACCUUCCUGUCAAUGUGAUGUAAUUGGUAUGCUAUAUUUAUCUCCGAAACAUGAGGGUUCUGUUUGGUUCUCCUGAGGACACCAUUAUUUUUCA